UUCUUUUUUAUACUGAGAAUAAAAUUAUUCGACGAAUUAAAUUGGCCCAAUCCGUUUCCGGAGCAUGCUGUUACGAGCUAAUAAUAAAAUUAUAUCGUAGACUGAUAGUUCAAUUCCAGAGUAUUAUAGCUUGUAAUUAUAAUUACAUGGACGAGGUUUUAUAGCAAAUAGAAGGUCUGAAGCGGAACAGUUGGUCCGCCAUGGUCGGAACGGUUGGACUGCUCAUAUUUAUCGCGGCUGAAGCUUGGGCUCAAGACGCAGGCAACUCUCUCAGCACCGUGCAACCGUCGCAGCAGAUCCCGUCGCCUUUUAUGGACCUACUGGCAGGAGCAUCCAGUUACAUGUAUCCCGAUGCCUUGCGGAAGUCGUAUUCUGAACCAGCGUACCACGUGUCCUGCCCGAAGACGGAUUCGCUAGGAUCCUUUGCCAGCAUUUUAGGCAGUGCCGCGAAAAUAAUGUUAGCUGCAGCAGCUUUAGUAUUCAUGAAGCUCAUGGGCGCCAAAAUGUUACUCGUCCCUUUAACCACCAUGAUCCUCGCUAAGGUUGGUUUGAAGGCAGUUUUGUUGUGGCCUAUGAUAUCCAAAAUGAUAAAGUAUUUUAGGAAGAAGAAAAAGAAAUGGGAAAAAGGAAGAGUGAUCAAGGAUUGCUCGCAAAGAAUAGCUUGUAUAAUUCAGAGAUCAGCGCGUGACGGAUGGGGCGGGAACUUAGGGGCUGCGCUAACGUUCACCUUGAUUGAGGAUGUCGAGGACGAGUCCUCGUUCGUCAGCACACUGUUGGAUAUUUUUGCAGGAGAAAAAGUGUCAAAGUGCAUGGCCAUAGAAUGUAGCUCGGGUGUCGACAUCAGUUAGCUACAAGUGUAAACAAAUAUUUUAGUGUCAAAUACCUAUCGGAACAUUCGCAACAAAGGCAAAUUGCGAUUUUAUCAAAAAUGCUGAGUUAAAAUUUCAAUUAUGAG